UCCAGUAAGAAACUUUAAACAGACCCUGGUAAUCCAAGUUGACGGCACUCCUGGAUUCCCGGGCUGCAGUGUUCAUACUGGUGGGCGGAAUCUGACUACGUCCUCAGUAUUGCGUUCCUACGCUCAGCGUGAUGACGCAUUUCGCCACUCCUGGCUUGCUCAGAUCACUACUCUCG